AUGAACAAAGCGCAGUCACCGUACGAUUCGCUACGGCAUAUUGCGCAGUACUACGACAACAAGGACUCCCACAACUCCGCACUGAGUCUCAUCCUCACGCUGCGGCCUGAAUGGAAAGACUCGCAGGACACAAUUGAGUUUGUCCGAUUUACCGAUGGCAUCACGAAUACGCUCCUAAAGGCGGUGAACAAGCUACCCGGUCUGUCCAAAAACGAGGUAGAUGAGGAUGCGAUAUUGCUGCGGGCAUAUGGCAAGGGGACCGAUGUGCUCAUAGACCGCGAGAAGGAAACACGAUCCCACUCCCUCCUCGCACGUCACGGCCUCGCGCCUGCUCUUUAUGCUCGGUUUGAAAAUGGUCUGCUGUACAAGUUCAUUCAAGGCAGCGUGUGUGCGCCCGCUGAUUUGCGACGGCCCGAGGUAUGGCGAGGAGUAGCUCAAAGACUGGGGGAAUGGCAUGCUAGAUUACCUAUAUCGAGCAUUAGCAGCACAUGUCCCGCACCAUCACAACUCACUCCCACCAACAAGCGUGCCUCACUGGCAGCCAUGGCCGAACUCACGCCAGGCAAGCCUGUUCCCAAUGUGUGGACCACGAUGCAGAAAUGGAUCGAAGCGCUACCAACAAGCACCACCGCGCAAUCCAUCCGCCGAGACGAGCUGAUGACCGAGUUGGAGAGCCUGACCAAGAUGCUGGGCGAUACGCCUGGUGUCGGCGGCUCCAACGCGUUUGUCUUCGCCCAUUGCGACCUCCUCUCUGGCAACGUGAUCAUCGAACCCGCGCCGACGUCUGCUGCGCACUCUCGCCGAUCCAGUGCAUCGGGGGGCUCUGAAGAACCCGAGACGGCAGCCUGUGUGUCUUUUAUCGACUACGAAUACGCCACGCCUGCACCGGCUUCGUUCGACAUUGCGAACCACUUUGCCGAGUGGGGUGGUUUUGAAUGUGACUACAGCGCCAUGCCCACGCGCAAGGUCCGCCGUGCCUUUUUGCGCGAGUACCUGCGCAGCUGCAGCGCGCACCAGAACCGCAGCUACCAGGACGCCGAGCUCGAGGAGCUCUUUGAACAGGUGGACCGGUUCCGCGGCGUGCCCGGCUUCUACUGGGGCAUCUGGGCCCUUGUCCAGGCGCAGAUUUCGCUCAUCGAUUUUGACUAUGCGAGCUACGCCGAAGUCCGUCUCGGCGAGUACUGGGCCUGGAAGAAGACGGUGACGGGCGAGACGAGCGGCGAGGAAUCCGAACGGGAGAAGCGCUGGGCGCAGGAGGAGUGA